GCUGAGGGCGCGCUGAAGUGUAGGAAUUCCUCGCGCUCUGGAGAACUCCGAGGAGGGGGCGGGGCUUAGGGCGUCCGCCGCCUGGGGAGGCGGGUCAGUUGUCGCUACCGGUCUCCGCUUGCGCGUGCGCGGCGCGCACCUUCCCAGCGCUGCUUUCUGCUGCAACAUGGAGUUAAGCGCCGCGCGGCAAGCGAUACUGCAACUGCUUGGUACCGUGGCUCCAGCCGACCGCCCAGCGCUGCUCGAGUGGAUGCGAACUUCCCGAGAUUUUGAUGAGUUCACUCACGAUAAUAAUGACAGUAUCUUGAAAUGCAUAGCAGACGAUCUUCGGAAUUGCUUACCUCUAGAAACCAUGCUUUCCUCAGAACGUCUAGCCCUCCAAAAAAUCCAGCAGCAGCCAGAACCCACAGUUCAUGUGGAUGCAUUCCUUUAUGAUGAAGAUUCUAUUGAUUCAUUAUGUGAGGAAGGAAAAAUGAGCAGAAACUAUUGUGUGGUGUGUGGCUCAUACCAGACAGCACCUUUAGGUCAGCACUCAAGAUUUAUUUCUCAUUCCUUCUCUCUCAUGGAAUUGAAGUUCAUAUACCAUCACGUACUCCCUGAUCUGUCGGGAAAGCUCUUGGUUGACGUCGGCUCCAGGCUUGGCACAGUCCUUUAUGGGGGUUAUCUUUACAGUUCAGCAUUGCAACUGUAUGGAGUAGAAUUGAAUGGAGACUUUUGCCAAUUGCAGGAAAUGAUCAUAAAAAAAUACCAGUUCACUGACAGAAUAAAGGUGCUUCAUGCAGACAUCUGUACCCAGGAUUCACUUCUGCAAAAUGCUGAUGUUAUUAUAAUGAAUAACGUCUUCGAAUAUUUUCUUGACGAGGCAGAACAGGCAAGAGCCUGGGAAUGUAUCAGCCACAACGUAAGGAAACAAGGAUCGUUAUUGGUGACAGUGCCAAGUCUUGAAGAGUCUCUCUCAGGUCUUCAGGUUAGUAUACAGUUAUCUUCCUGGGUUGAAGAGGUACCACUGAACUAUGAUAUAUACCCAGAAAAGGAUAUUAACAGGGAAGCUCUUGAACAAAUACAUUUAUAUAAGAUUCUCUAGCACUAAAAUAGUCCUAUUGCAAUAUAAUGUUUUUUGAGUAUUACAAAACAAUGAAAAAGAAACAUAACCCCAACACCCAAACACCUAUUUUUUGUGUGUAUUCCUUUCUAGUCUUUGUACGUAUGUUUACAUAUUUAUAAAUAGUUGCAUUUGUAUAUUUGUAACUUUGAUUUGUGUGAUAAUUUAAUUAAAAUACCUGAAAAUGU